GAAAGUUUGGUAAACCACAGAAAAACCACGUGUGCCGGGAAUCGCGCACACAAAAGGGCCACUUUCAACCAGAGAGAAACGUGCUUUUCCUCAUUGCUCCAGGCACGCUGCUGCUUUUCUUUUUUUUUCCUCACUAAUCGAAAGGAGGACUUUGUUCCCCACCGAGACAAAGGGCUGUUGCACUCCAUUGUGGCCAGCUAAAUCCCAAACAACGUGUGCCGUGUCACUGCUCACCUGAGAGGAGUUAAGUCCUGGGGCUCUGACAGCUGGAACACAUCCAGGGAUUAAUGUGACGCACCGACUGAACGCCCCCGCCGGGUCGGGGCUCUUAUGCAACGGGCCUCCGAGCUGAGAGGAGGAUCAGCAGAAAGUCGGCCUGCUCUCACUUGCUCACGUGCAGAUGUGUGCAGGACGAGGAGGUGCUGCAGCGGAUCGAGAGGGAGGUGCGAAUGCGGGAGGGGGCCAGUAAGCUCCUGGCGGCCUGUUCCAGGAGAGAGCAGGCCCUGGAGGCCUCCAAGAGCCUGCUGACCUGCAACGCCCGCAUCCUGGCCCUGCUCAGCCAGCUGCAGCAGAUGAGGAAAGACGAAAUCCUGCAGCGAGUGGGACGCAGGCCAUCUGAGGAUGCCCCCCCCUGUUUGGGGAAAGUAUCCCUUUCAGACCUGCGGAUCCCGCUCAUGUGGAAAGACUCGGAGUACUUCAAAAACAAAGGAGAGCUGCAGCGCUGUGCCGUUUUCUGCCUCCUCCAGUGUGGCACAGAGAUCCACGACACGGACCUGGUGAUGGUGGACAGGACGUUGACCGACAUUUGUUUUGAAGGCGCCACCUUGUUCGACCAGGCGGCGCCGGCCUUUCAGCUGCGCGUCGAGCUGUACAGCAGCUGCGCGGUGGAGGAGUUCUCCCCGGCGGCCCCGGGCCCCCGGAGGGCGAGCUGCCUGGGGGGCUCGGUGGGAUGCUCCUCGGGGAAGAAGAUCCGCGCCGCGUUCGAGUCCGCGGCCGCCUGCGGCUCCGGCGGAGGGAACGCGGGACCCCCUUUGCCCCCGCCGCCGGCGCCACUGGGGCCCAAGUACCACCUGCUGGCUCACACCACGCUGAGGAUCCAACACGUCCAGGAGGGGUUCAAGACGCACGACUUGUCCCUGGCAGCGACAGAGGACAAUCCAUUCUGGUUGCCUCUGUACGGCAACAUGUGCUGCCGCCUAGCAGCUCAGCCCGUGUGCAUGACGCAGCCGGUCACCAGUGGCCACCUCCGGGUCAAGCUGGGAGAGGAGCUGAGCGGUUGUGAAAGUGUCUACGCCGUUCUCAGGGGUCAAAGUCUUCUCUGUUAUCAGAGUCAAGAGGCCGCGGAGUCCGAGGCCGAGCCGUUACUAGUAAUCCCCAUCAAACGGGAAACAACCGUCACUGAGUCAGAGGUCCAUUGCCAGACUCUGCUCAUCGGCACGCAGCGUCAAGGAGAGCAGGUGACCUUCGCGCUGAGGACGCCCACACCCGAGGACACGUGGCGCUGGAACCAGGCCAUCAGCCGCCACGUCCACAACAUGAACCAGUGGACGCAGUGCUGCGAUCGGCUGAUGAAGAUCGAAAGGCCGAGCGGCAGGAAAGUCAUCCCGGCGAAGCAGGGAUCGCUAUUCCAUGAAAUAGUAACACCCUCCUCUCCCGGCGAAGGCCACGUGGUUCCAGAUUUAUCGGUUGAGAUCCGCACUUUGCUCUCUUCCUACCACAAGGAAAAUUACUGACGCAGUCGCAGCGAGGCGCCGCUCCGGUUGCGUUUGUUUGUGCUCGAGGAGACGGACGUGGGCACGAAAGAUGCAAACUGCUGAACCGAUAGAUGAACCUUGCUUUCUCAGAGAUUGUCACAUGAAAAUUUAUUAUUUCUAAAGGCUGAGUCAUGCACACUUGACACGAUGAUUGAUGACCAUGUCAUGGCGCCUCCUGGAAGCCUGAGGCACAGAUACCUCGGAAAACUGAACGCACAAUUAAUAAUUUUGUGGAACCGGAAAAUGCGACACUGUCAUUAUACCUAAUUAUCUAAUUGGACAUAAUUUUUUACGACAUUGUGAUCUUGUAGGCAUGACUACCGGUUGUCUGAGCUCAGUAAAUUCUUCUCAGGGACUUAAAAAGUAAGGCAAUUAAAGAAAAACAAACAAGGCAAAUCUCUUGUUUUGAUGAUAACAAAAUAGCAACGUUAUCUCAUGGAGGUUUCUGGGUGAACUAUAAAAUAUUUGCGGUUUGCUAAACAGGUUCACACUGCCAAAAAAAAGUCUUGUUCUUCAGUUGCGUCAUUUGAAGCGAUAAAGAGCAGGUAAAAAAAACAAAUAAAAGAACGUCGCUAGCAGCAAUUAGCUCGUAAAGUUGUGACUCACUCCCUUUGUUUGUGGCUUUAGUUAAAUAAAAUUCUUCAAUACUUG